AUGUCACACCGAGAGCAAGACCCGGCUACCCCAGGUGUUACUAGGCCCCCGACUCCGGUUAGAUAUGGAGUGUACGACUGCCUCAACCAAGUCGGCGAAGGCACCUUCGGGCAGGUGUGGAAGGCGCGGAAUACUAGCAGCGGGAUUGUCGUUGCUCUCAAGAAGAUUCGCAUGGAGGCCGAACGAGACGGGUUCCCGGUGACGGCCAUGCGCGAGAUCAAGCUCCUACAGUCCUUGCGACACGAUAACAUCGUGUCCUUGUAUGAAAUGAUGGUAUCCAACGGUUCCCUAUUCAUGGUCUUCGAGUACAUGGAUCAUGAUUUGACUGGCAUAUUGUCGCAGACACAAUUUGCGUUCACAGAUGCGCAUCUGAAGUCGUUCUGUCAGCAGAUGUUGGCCGGUUUGGCAUACCUGCAUCGCAAGGGUGUCAUCCAUCGGGAUAUCAAGGGCUCCAAUAUCCUCAUCAACAACGCUGGGGUCCUGAAACUCGGGGACUUUGGGCUGGCACGCUUCUACCAGAAGCGUCGCAAGAGUGACUAUACGAACCGUGUCAUUACCCUAUGGUACAGGCCGCCAGAACUCCUCUUCGGAACAACGGUGUAUGGCCCUGAGGUUGAUAUGUGGAGUGCAGGGUGUAUCAUGCUGGAGCUCUUCACGAAGAAGCCUGUGUUUCAGGGCAACGACGAGAUCCAUCAACUAGACGUGAUCUACCGGAUCGUUGGCACGCCUGUGGUAGAGCAGUGGCCGGGGAUGACCAGCUUGCCUUGGUACGAACUCGUGAAACCGAAGGAAGUCGUCCCCGACCACUUCCGUCAGUUGUUCGAGAAAUGGCUGUCGCCUGCUGGACUCGACUUGGCGGAACGUCUUCUCACGUACGAUCCUGCCAAACGAGUCACUGCCCUGGAGGCUCUCGAAGCACCAUACUUCAAAGAGGAACAGCCACGUCCUUCUGCACCGACCAACCUGCACACCAUGGAAGGCGAGUGGCACGAGUUCGAGGCAAAACGGGAACGUGCCAGGAAGCGGCGGCGAGUGGAAGGGUGAUCAUCAUUGUAAUAUCCCAGCACACGAUGUACUAUUGCACAGACAAUCUGGACUCCUCGUCGUUACUCGCACCGCUGUCAUGCUAUCUAUGGUACAGGCAAUCCUCAUCGACGUUAUGCUUGCGCUUCGAAUGUUACAAGACCCUUCUCCGUUAGAUGCUGCACGAUAGAUUCGACCUACGUUUACCAGACGAUUAGGAGGAGUCAACUAUGAUAUAUGCUUGCACUCACGUUCGCGGCUGUGAUGCGGAU